GGCAAUGGCGGCUGCGACGGCGGCCUCGCAACGGGACCCUGCCGGGGACUGGCAGGACUUCUCCGGCUUCCAGGCUUCGCCUGAGGAGAGCUGCUGUCCAGAGCCCUCUCCGUCGACGGCGGCGGCUCAGGCGGGGAGCUCUUGGGGCGGCGGCGGCGACGGCCUGGGGGCCAAGCUUCCGCUCUGCUUCCAGCCACCGCAGCCGCGUCCUCAGGAUUGCGGGGACGGCGAAGCCUGCGUCCCGCCGCGGCCCCUCAGCGAGCAGAGCGCCCUGCACGAAGACGAGAUUUGGAAUGCUCUGACUGAUAAUUAUGGUAACGUAAUGCCAGUUGACUGGAAGUCUUCCCACACGAGAACAUUGCACUUGCCAACGCUGAAUCUUUCUGAAAAGGGAGUUAAUGACAAUUUGAACCUUGACUUAUCAGAUGAUGAAGAGCUGAGAGAGCAACUAGAUAUGCAUUCUAUCAUAGUUUCCUGCAUCAAUGAAGAACCGCUCUUCACAGCUGAGCAGGUGAUUGAAGAAAUAGAGGAAAUGAUGCAGGAAUCUCCAGAUCCAGAUGAUGAUGAAACACCAACCCAAUCAGACCGACUUUCCUUACUGUCCCAGGAAAUUCAAACACUUAAGAGAUCCAGAACAAACCACAAUUAUGAAGAAAGAGUGAAAAAACUAUCUGUGACUGAAUUAAACAAUCUGUUAGAAGAAAUUGAGACAGCCAUCAAGGACUACUCUGAGGAGCUAGUACAACAGUUGGCACUACGAGAUGAGCUGGAGUUCGAAAAGGAAGUCAAGAACAGUUUCAUAUCUGUCCUUAUUGAAGUACAAAACAAGCAACGAGAACAAAAGGAAAUUGCAAAGAAGAAAAAGAAGCUGAAAAACGGCAGUCCUCAGAAUGGCAAGCAGGAGAAAGGCCAUCUGCCUGGAACACGCUUCAGCAUGGAAGGAAUCUCAAAUGUCAUUCAGAAUGGCUUCCGUCAAACGUUUGGAAACUCGGGUGGAGAAAAACAGUACCUGACAACAGUUAUUCCUUAUGAGAAGAAAAGUGGACCUCCAUCAGUUGAAGAUCUCCAGACGUUAACAAAAAUUCUUCAUGCCAUGAAAGAAGACAGCGAAAAAGUGCCAAGCUUAUUAACAGACUACAUUUUGAAAGUUCUGUGUCCUACAUGAAGAGAACUGUGAAAGACAGCCAUGCUAAUUCCUGUGAAAAGAUGUUUUCCAUGGGUUGUUCAAGCCUUCCAGUUUGUUUGAAAAAGUGUCGAAUUCCAAUGUGUUACUACUUUCAUUGCCUGCUUGGACUUUUGAAUCCUGGAUUAAGACCUCUGGAGCAUGUAGAACUCAUCCAUUUAUGUUCACUUAAAUGUGAUGUAUUUGAACCAAGGCAGAUGCUGUACAAUUUCAAUUCACAUGCAUUGUUUUGGCUUUUUAAACACUUUUUUUACACUAUAUGAUGUGUAAUUAUUCUCUACAACAAUCUGGUUUUGUGGAAGAAAAAUAAAUUUAAAAUAAAUAAAGGAGGCCUAUUAGUAAAAACUGCAAUAGGUUCUCGUAUUAAAUGUGUAAAAUGGAUCAAAAGCUGAACCUGCACUGCAAAAAUUCCAUUGAAGUUCCUCAUUGGAUACUCUAGAAUGGUAAUAUGGGGACUAGCACUGAUUUUUCUUAAGAGUAAAAACAGUAUUGUUGUACUAUUGUUUACUGAUUCUCAUGAAUUUUUCAACAUCCUUCAGGAAUAAAAAGUGUUAAAGUAACAUUUUCCAUUACUGGUUGUUUGCUUAACAAGACUACAAUUCAUCCGGGAGCUACUCUGUGCAAGCCCCACUAAAAUGAAUGGGAUCUGUGAGAGAGCACAGUGGCACUUGCACAGGAGAGCGUCCUGAUGGGUCAUUGUCUUAUUACCCGCGUUUUCUGUAUUUUAAUUAUUUAAAAGUAAUAUAGUUGAAUAUUAACACCUUGCUGCUACUGUGCUUUUCAGUCUACCUGUUAAAUGUUUGGUCAUAGUACAUAAUAUUUUAUAUGCUGCAGUAUGAUAAUGAACACUUUUAAAAGA